CCUAUGCAAAUUACAGAUAGGUCCGAAUUUCGCACAAGGUUCUUCUGCUCAUUCCUUAGUUGCCGCCGUUGAUGGAAGCAGAGGAUCUUCUGAAACUCUACGAUUCUUGCUGGUUCGAGGUUGAAAUCUUGAGGAAAGCUCUAGGUUCAUCGAAAUCAAUGAGUUCUGAAUCAAACCCAGAAUAUCAAAUUCAAGACAAACAAACCACAGAUUCAGCAAAACCUAAGAUUACUCGCGUCGAAACCAUCCACUCCAGGUCCAUGAGCGACUCCAUGACGAGCCUCAAGCUCGAUUCUCUUUCCCCAGACACUGUUCUUCUUGUUCCCUCUAAGCUUCAAACCAUUUUAUCAGGAAAAGAAGUCACAGACACGGACCCAGAAAUAGAUCUCCCAAAACAGAGUACACUGCAUCUCGAAGAUUUGCCGAACAAGAUGAAGAGAGAUUUCAGGAGGAGGAAGAACAAGAAGGAGAGAAAGAGCCUGUCUGAUCUUGAAUUCGAAGAGCUAAAAGGGUUUAUGGAUCUGGGUUUUGUUUUCUCCGAGGAAGAUAAAGACUCCAACUUGGCUUCCAUAAUUCCGGGAUUACAGAGGUUGGGGAAGAAAGAUGUUGAUGAAGAAGAAGCAGAUUUUGAUGAGUCUGAAAUUUCAAGACCUUAUCUCUCAGAAGCAUGGGAGUUUCAGGAGAAAAGAAGAGGGACAAAGAGAGAGAAUAAUCAGAAUCAGAACCAAAAUCGUAAUCGUCUUCUGAUGAACUGGAGAGUUCCUUCUAGCAACAAUGAAAUUGAUGUGAAAGAUAGUCUAAAAUUGUGGGCUCACACGGUUGCUUCUACUGUUAGAUGAUAAAUCUUAAUCUCAAGCUCAUGAUUUGUAAUUUUCAGUUCAUGUAAUAUAUUUUUCCUGCUUGUUACUUAAUUUUGUUGGAGUGUUUCCAACCCAAAAAUUCGUAAAUUAUAACUGUAAGAUAAGAGAAUUUUCAUUUUCAUUUAACAUUGUAGAAUUAUUGGUCUUCACU